GUUCAAAUACAGAGGGACCGAAAGGCGCGAAGCUCGAAGAGCCGUGAGCCGCCAAACAACCGCGAAAACCACCGCCACGAACCGGCGCCGCCGCCUGUUCCCGCCGUCGCCACAUCUCCAUGGGCAAGCAGAAGCAGCAAGUCAUCUCCCGCUUCUUCGCGCCCAAACCCUCCGCCGACGCCACCCCCGGCCCGCCGCAACCGCAAAACCCGCCCUCCACCCCACCGCCCAAAAUCGCCACCACCGUCUCCUUUUCCCCGGCCAAACGAAUCCGUACCGGCCAGCUCAACGCCCUCCACAACAAGCCCCAAAAGCUCAGCCACCCGGCCUCACCCAGCAACACCCCCAAUUUAAUACCCCUACCCAACCCCACCCUCCAUCGAAAAUUCCUCGACAAGCUUCUGGAACCUCCCCAGGACCUCCUCGAACCUUCCAGAAACACCAAUUGCUCGCAGAUUCCAAACCCCAAGUACACGCCAUUGGAGCAACAAGUGGUCGAGCUCAAGAAUAGGUACCCGGACGUGCUCCUGAUGAUUGAGGUCGGGUAUAAGUACAGAUUUUUCGGGGAAGAUGCUGAAAAUGCAGCUAGAGUACUCGGUAUAUAUGCCCACAUGGACCGGAAUUUCCUGACAGCUAGCGUGCCCACUUUCAGGUUGAAUGUGCACUUGAGGAGGCUUGUUAGCGCAGGGUAUAAAGUGGGAGUAGUGAAACAAACCGAGACAGCAGCCAUUAAGGCCCACGGGUCGAAUAAGAUGGGCCCAUUUUGCCGUGGGCUUUCAGCACUGUACACGAAGGCCACAUUGGAGGCGGCCGAGGAUUUGGGUGGUGGGGAGGAAGGGUGUGGGCCCUGUAAUAAUUAUUUGUUCUGUGUUGUGGAGAAAAUGGCGGGGAAUGUGGAGAAUAAGCUGGACAUGAAGAUUGGAGCUGUGGGGAUUGAGGUAUCGACUGGGGAUGUGGUUUAUGGGGAGUUUGAUGAUAAUUUUAUGAGGGCGCGUUUGGAGGCUAUGAUUUUGCAGUUGUCACCAGUUGAAUUGCUUCUUGGAGCGAACUUGUCUAAGCAGACAGAGAAGUUAUUAUUGGAUUAUGCUGGGCCUUCCUCAAAUGUUCGAGUCGAGUAUGCUUCACAAGAUUUCUUACAUGACCAUGACGCUCGAGCUGAAGUGAUAUUACAAUAUGAUAGCUUAAACCAGAGUGAUAUAACCAAUAGUUAUCAACAGAAGGUCACAACAGCAGAUAUCCAAACCAAUCAGACCUUUUCGGUCGAGGGGAUUAUGGCUAUGCCCGAUUUGGCUAUUCAAGCAUUAGCCUUAACAAUUCAUCAUCUGAAACAAUUUGGAUUUGAGCGAAUUCUGUGUUUGGGGGCUUCAUUUCGGCCCUACUCUGGCAUCAAUGAGAUGACCCUUUCAGCUAAUGCACUACAACAACUUGAGAUUCUGAAGAAUAAUUCUGAUGGCUCUGAGCGUGGCUCUCUUUUCCAAUGCAUGAAUCAUACGUUGACUGUAUUUGGGUCGAGGCUUCUCAGACACUGGGUGACUCAUCCUUUAUGCGACAGGAGCAUGAUAAAUGCACGUCUCGAUGCCAUUUCUGAAAUUCUAGAGUCGAUGGGUUCUGCUAAAUCUUCUGAGAUUGAUUUGGAAGAUGAGAAUUCUGAUGUGACUAUCGUGCACCCUGAUCUUCAUCAUUUACUAUCAUCUGUUUUGACUACAUUGGGAAGAGGACCUGAUGUUCAACGUGGAAUUACAAGGAUUUUUCAUCGAACUUCCACGGCAUCCGAGUUCAUUGCAGUUAUUCAAGCUAUUGUAUUUGCUGGAAGAAAGCUGCAGCAACUCCAUGUUGAAACAGCUGACAGAAGCAAGAAUCUACAAAAGGGAGCCUCUGUGCACUCUGUUCUGUUGAGAAAGUUGAUCAUGACAGCAUCAUCUCCUAGUCUUACUGGUACUGCAACAAAACUCUUGUCGAAACUUAACAGAGAAGCUGCCGCUCAAAAUGAUCUUCACAAUCUAUUUGUCCUCUCUGAUGGGAGUUUCCCAGAGGUGAAAUUGGCGAGUUUAUCUUUACCUGUCGUUGCUGUUGCAAGGACUAAGGUUCAGUUUGCAAAUGAAAUGUUGGAUAAAUUACUACCUCUAUAUCGAAAACAACUGCGCAUGAGCAAUCUAGAAUUUAUAACUGUAUCUGGAGUCACACAUUUGAUAGAGCUAGCCCUUGAUGUGAAGGUACCUUCAGACUGGGUUAAAGUAAACAGUACCAAGAAAACGAUUCGGUAUCAUCCACCUGAAGUAUUGAAGGCCCUGGACCAGUUAACUCUGGCAAACGAGGAGCUCUCUAUUGCGUGUCGAGCCACAUGGGAUGAAUUUUUAAGGACAUUUGCUGGAUACUAUUCUGAGUUUCAGAGUGCUGUUCAAGCAUUUGCCACGUUGGAUUGUCUUUAUUCGCUUGCGAUGCUUUCUAGGACGAAGAAUUAUGUUCGCCCAGAUUUUACAAGUGAUGAUGAGCCCGUUCAGAUUGAGAUCAAAUCCGGUCGACAUCCUGUUAUGGAGAACAUUUUGCAGGAUAAUUUUGUUCCAAAUGAUACGAAUUUACAUGCCGAGGGGCAGUACUGCCAGAUUGUCACUGGGCCGAAUAUGGGUGGAAAGAGUUGCUAUAUUCGUCAAGUUGCUCUUAUAGCUCUCAUGGCUCAGAUCGGCUGCUUUGUGCCGGCAUCAUCAGCAAGGCUGCAUGUGCUGGACGGCAUCUACACUCGAAUGGGAGCCUCCGAUAGCAUUCAGCUUGGGAAAAGCACUUUCUUGGAAGAAUUAACCGAGACAUCUCAAAUUCUCGAGCACAGCACAUCUCGUUCAUUGAUCAUAAUAGACGAGCUCGGGAGAGGAACGAGCACACAUGAUGGUGUGGCAAUUGCAUAUGCUACGUUGCACUAUCUUUUACAGCACAAGAAAUCAAUGGUCCUGUUCGUGACUCACUAUCCUGAAAUAGUCGACGUAAAAAAUGAAUUCCCGGGCUCUGUGGGGCCAUACUAUGUCUCUUAUUUGACGCCAAAAAAAGAGAUGGAUGUUGACUUUGACUUUGACGUUGACCCGGAGCAUGAUGAUGUCACCUACCUUUAUAAACUUGUUCCUGGUGUUUCUGAGAGAAGUUUCGGGUUUAAGGUUGCGGAGCUUGCGCAGGAUAUCAUAUAUCGUGAGAGGUAUAANGCAUUAGACGUGCUAUUGAAAUGGCAGCAAGAUUGGAAGCAGAAGGAGUUUUUCUUUCAAAUAAACCUUGCAUCAAACAAUGAAGAAGAUUUUGGAAAGAGGCUCGACAGUUUGAAGCUUGCCAAAACUCUUGCAAUGGAGCUGGUGAAU